AUGCCUCCAACCAACAACAUCUAUCAUAUCAAACACCAAGAAGCCCUAAAAAUGGACCAGAAAUACAUAUACCCAUCAGAAACCAGCCCCCACAAAGCAACCCUCCUCAGUUUCCCCUCCGCCCGCUCCACCUUCCCAGAACUACACCUCAAAACCAGAAAAGAGAUAAUCAACCUGGCAACCACAAUCGCCGCCUUUGAGCCCGUCCGCCUCCACACCAGACCAGAAGAUCUCCCCAGCGCCGAGGCCCUCCUCUCCGAGUGCAAGGCCCACACACCCGCAGCCCACCUAGCAAACAUAGCGCUCAUCCCGGCACCAACAAACCACUGCUGGAUCCGCGACACCGGCCCGGUAUACGUGCGCAGCGCGGAUUCCGCGGACACGGCGCGCUACGCAAUCGACUUCCAGUUCUGCGAGUGGGGCCACAAGACUGAUGAACGUAUCUACGGGAGUGCGAACUCCGCUGCGGCGGCAGCUGCGCUGGAAAGGUCCCCGCAGCAUGCCGAUUGGCCGGUGAUGGACGAGGCCGCAACGAAAGAGAACACGGCGUUUGCGGCUGCGGUGCUCGCUAUCGAGAAUGAAAGCACCGAUGACCCUGUUACGCGGGUGCAGACGCAUCUCAAGCUCGAAGGCGGCGGAAUCGAGGUCGAUGGCGAGGGAACGUUCAUGGCGACGGAGAGUAGUAUUAUUGGUGAUGCGCGCAAUCCCGGUCUUGGGAAGGCGGAGAUCGAAGCUGAGCUGAGCAGGUUGCUGGGUGUUAGUGCAUUUGUUUGGUUCCCCGGUCGCAUUGGGCUUGAUGUUACGGACGUGCAUGUUGAUGCUGAGGCGAGGUUUAUUCGGCCUGGGGUGGUUGUUGUUUGUCGGCCGCAUCCUGAUGCUGAGAAGGUGGAAUGGGAGAUCUACGAGGAGAUUCGAGAGGUUUUGGAGAAAUCUACUGAUGCGCGCGGGCGCAGCUUUGAGGUGCAUGAUGUUGUUGAGCCGGAUCCGAAGUUAGUCAAGGGAGACCUUGAGGGCGAGGAAGAGGCGCCGGCGGCUUCAUAUGUGAACUUCUACUUUGUUAAUGGUGGGUUGGUGAUGCCUGCAUUUGGGGAUGUUGAGGCGGAUGCAGCGGCAUUUGAAUUGAUCAAGAGCUUGGUUCCUGAGAGAGAGGUCAAGCAGGUUGAUGUUAACGCUUUGCCGAGGACUGGGGGUGUGCUGCAUUGUGUCACGCAGCAGGUUCUGUGA